AUGAUUCUAAUUGGUGUAUUUGACAUCGCGAGUUGGUGGACUAUAGUCAUCGCUUUCCAAGUAGUUGUAAUUUCUACUUACUUCUUCUGGAACAAAAAGAAGUCUAAAACCUACGAUCCUCUAUGUAAUGGGAAGGCGAUAGAAUGGAACCCGAUUCCUAUAGUGGAGCAUGAUGUUACGGUAGAAGAACCUCCUUUGAUGGGAAGAAUUGAUGACAAUGUGUUGAAUGUGGGAAGUUCAAGUUUCCUUGCCCUUGAUAAAGAGGAGUCUAUCAUGGAGGAUUCUUUGAAGUCUAUGGAGAAAUAUGGGGUAGGUUCCUGUGGACCUCGUGGGUUCUAUGGGACUAUUGACGUCCACUUGGAGUUGGAGGAACGCCUGGCGAAGUUCUUGGAAGUGGAAGAGACCUGUGUGUACUCAUAUGGCUUCUCAACAAUAGCCAGUGCUAUACCAUCAUACUCUAAGAAGAAGGACAUUAUUUUUGCUGAUGAACGUGUUUGGUUUGCGAUCCAGAAGGGUUUAGAUGCCUCCCGCAGUACUGUCCGCUUCUUCAAACAUAAUGAUAUGGACCACCUCAAGAAGCUGCUGUCUGAAGCUCAGCAAAAGAAAGAACUGAAUCCUAAGAGACGAGCAUUCAUUGUCGCUGAGGGCAUUUACUUGAACACUGGAGAAAUGUGCCCACUAAAGAGAUUGGUGCAGCUCGCCAGGGAAUACAAAUUGAGGAUUAUCUUGGAUGAGAGUCUUACUAUCGGGGUAUUAGGCAAAAAUGGGCGUGGCUUAACAGAACACUUGGGUGUGCCUCGCCAUGAGAUCGACCUGAUCGUGGGGUCGUUGGAGCACUCGUUCGCGACCAUCGGCGGGUUCUGCGCCGGCACACACUUCAUUGUCGAACAUCAGAGGCUGUCUGGACUUGGAUACUGCUUCAGCGCGUCCCUACCACCGAUGCUGACCCAGGCUGCCAUCUCAGCUCUCAACGUGAUCGAAGGCAAGCCCUCCAUCGUUGGGGAACUGAUCGAGAACUCUAAGAAACUUAAUAGCGCCCUCUCCAAGCUGAAGCACUACAAGUUCCGAGGUGACGAGGUCUCGCCAAUAAAGCACAUAUACCUCAAGAAGGACGACUUAACAGACAGACUGAAACACUCCUACCUUCGUAAUAUUACCAACUACUGCCUAGAAAAAGGUGUCGCCAUGACACUAGCCGCGUACAUCCGUGAUGUAGAAAUCAAUUGUCCAGAACCUUCCAUCCGUUUAACUAGCAGCAGAAAACUUACAGAUGAUACCAUCAGCUUAGUAUGUUCGUUACUAGAUGAGGCCUACGAGAAAGUAGGUCCCAAACCUGAACUACAGCCUGUGUAG